GUCAAAAUGUAAAGUUCAACAAAACGAGUUGUAAGCUAAACCGUGUUUAUUGUUUUUAAUUAUAACUCCUGUUUGGCCUAAAAUAAAAUAUAAUUGUCAAUCUGUACAUAUAUACUAUUCAAGAUAAUAGGGGAUGUUUUAACACCUAUACCGAGAUUAUAACAAUGUCGUCCGACCCACUAAACAUUGCUAGACGUAAACUGAACGAUGUGCUUGGCGAGAAAUCAACAAAAUAUUUCAACCACAUGAAACAGUGGUUUCGUAUGAAAUUAACUAAGGAAGAAUUCGAUGCUGAAGCCCGGAAACUGCUCUCGACAGAUCAGGUGCAUUACCACAAUGAAUUUUUAUUGGCAUUAUUGAAUAAAGUUGAGGGUCUGGCUGAAGCUUCCAUAAGCAUUGCUCAAGAAAAAGCUAGUUCUCACAACAGGAAUAGUAGGAGGCACAAGCGGAGUUCCCGAACCUCUGAGAAGUCUAACUUUGAGCCUGUGGACUUGCUGGAGUAUUUACCACCUAAUUCACCACCAGGAGCAGGAAGUGAUGGUGUCAAGUAUGCUGCACAGGAAAUAUUUCUACCAGACCACGCAUUGGUUGUUGGCCGAUUCAUGUUAGCUGCUUGGGAAACAGGACUUGAAGGGGCUGACGAUGAUGCUGCUGAUGUGAUAGUAGUAGCCGUGCAGCAUUUUCUCAAGAAUGUUAUAACCGCAGUACUAUCACAAAGGAAGGGCUACAAGAUGAGGAAUAAACACUUCAUGUAUGAUGUCGGUGGAGACGUCCCCAACAUGUGGUUGAGGAACUCUGCCAAGUUAUAUGAUCCUCAAAGAGAUGGCAGAGUAAGUGUUGACGAAGGAAUGACUGAUUUGUUAGGACCAAGGUGCCCUCCAACUAUUGACGAAAUGGAACAUUCUGCUGCCUUCGAAAUUGCUUGCAGUGCAAACACAGAGCCUAAUGAUGACAAACUGACCAUAGACGAGUUUUACAACACAUUGUUGGUGCACAAAAAUGUUAUAUCCUGUCAUUCUGUUUAUGCUGUCAAUAUGGAAAGGAUAGCUUCUUUAUUAAACCAUCCUAGUUUGUAAGCUAAAGGAAAUUAUAUAAUCCAUAAUUA